GUUAGAAUCAACGACAUAACAAUCUUUGGUUAGAACAUGCGUUAAUGGCGGCAGUACAAUGGAUUCUCGAUUCAGUGAAGAUGGCAAAUAUUUUGCUCGUUUAUCUGUUGAUGGAAAAUUAAAAAUAUGGAAUGCGUGUUCUAAUACGUUCGAACAAGAGUUUACACCUGAUUUCCACUUAAAUUCACCGUGUACUUGUUUACAUUUCAUUCAAAAUCUUUCAGUUAAGUAUAAGGCUGGUUCACCUAAGAAGAAAAAAAGAAGGGAUUCUGAAUCUAAUGUUAAUCCAAAAGUAUUACUAGGAACUACUUCGGGUGUUUUAUUAUUAUAUUCUAUAACAAAUGCAGGAUUGGAAUGUACACUUAAUAGUGAAACCAAUCAGUCAAUUAAUUGUUUAUCUACAGUUGAUUCUAAUGUUGUAUAUUCAGGUUCAGAUCAGGAUGUUUUGGUUUGGAACCUCGACAAGAAGAAAAUUAUCAAUAAGUGGAAAGUAGGAAAUGAGAGAGUAACAGCCGUAUUAGCAAUUCCCGAUAGUAACCAAUUACUUACUGCAGUAAAAAAUAUAAAACUAUGGGAUACUGAUGCAAAAGAAAUACUUAGAACUUUUACAGGGCACAAAUCAGAAAUUAUGUUUUUACAUUACUUGAUUCCACAAACUAAAGGAGAUUCCUACUUCAUAUCUGGUUCAAAGGGUGAUAGGACCUUGAAUUGUUGGAGUUUAAAUAGCAGUUCGUCUAAUAAAAAUGCCACAACUACUUUUCUAAUGGAAGAUAUUGUUCAAAAUAUUUCAUUAAAUUUUGAUAAUAAUGGGGCUACUCAAAUAGCAGUUACUGUAAGAACAGGAGUUGUUCAUAUCUACAGACAUACUUUAAAUGGAAAAUCUGAUAAACCUUUGAAACCAAAAACAACAAUUCAAGUAGUCUCUGAUACUGGUCAAACGGCUGAAAUGGUAACACCUAUUAGAAUUGCAGGUGCAUUUUUCAUUGAUAACGAAACAAUAUGUAUAGGGCACGGUUCUGAGAUUUUGUUAACAUUUGAAAAUAUUUCUAUAAUAACUACAAAGAAACUUAAUUGUAUUGUACGACAAGAUCCCCAUAAAUUAAAAUCAUCUACACAAGAUCAUGUAACAAAAAUAAUAACUCCAGUUAUAAACGACAGUGUCCAUUAUUUAACACCGGAAAUGUCCUCUGUAUCCACUGCUAAAAGGAAAAGUGAUGGUACCUUGGAAGUACCUAUGGAAAAAAGGUUGGAGAAUCUUACCCUUGGUAAAGCAGAAGGAAAUAAAGUACCCAAAGCAGAUAACGUAGCUCAGUUAUUAAUACAAGGAUUACACAGUAAAGAUAAAAAUAUACUUAAAACUGUGUUAUAUCAAAAAGAUGAAGAAAUUAUUAGGAAUACAGUCAGGAGAUUACCAAUAACAACUUUUGUACCUUUUGUGCAGGAACUUACCAGCUAUAUACAGGGAAAAACUUUAUCGAGUCAGAUUGGAUCAGUUUGGUUGAAAUAUAUCUUGCAAAUCCAUGCUGGUAUUUUGAUGUCAAAUCCCGAAUUACCAGAAUUGUUAAGUUCUAUGUUAGGAAGCAUACAAAAUAGGUUAAGUUUAUGGAUUCCUUUAAACAGGUUGAAAGGACGGUUGGAUUUGUUACUACCGCAGGUGACUGGUUUACCGCAACAAGAUGCAUGUGAAAAUCAAAUACCUUUACUUGUAUACAACGAUAGAGAUACCAGUGACUCUGAAGAAGAAGAUAUUCAAAUGGAUGGUCAAUCAGAAAGUGAGAGUGAAUGGGAGGAAGAAAGUGACUUGGAACAAAUGGAAGAAAAUAAUAUAGAUGAAAAACUUUCAGAAUCUGAUGAUGAUGCAAUGUCUUUGUAAAAUGUUUUAUUUGUUCUAUCGAGUCCAAGUGAUUAUCGAGUUUUUAAAAUAUGACAUGCUAAAUAUUAACAGAUCCUUAUAUAUGAGGCGUAGAAUUCCAAAAUCAGCCAAGUCCAUUUUUAAAAAUUUUUCACAGCUGGCCGAUAAAGGUCACAUAUUUUUGUGUUAUCAGUGAACAGCUGAUGUUAUCUCUUCUUUUUUUUCUUUGCCACUUAGAUACCAGUCCUCUAACAGCAAUACAAAAUUUUCGAGAAAAAAAAAAUUAAUUUACCUAAGCCUGGCAGCCAAAUUCUUUUUGGAGUUAGCUGAUUUUGGAAACCCAUAAAAAUAUUAUUUAUGUAAUUAUGUAUUUUUUUUAACACAUAUAUUUAUUGCAAUUUAUAUUUUCACCAUAUUUCAUAGCUAUGGAAAAUUGGGUAUUGCAAACAUAAACAAAUAAUAAAAAAAAACAAAUUUUUAUUAAUUUAGUAUACAAAAUUAUUAAUUAUUACAUCAGAAAUUUUCUGUUCUUGUGAUUGAUUAUUGGUGAAUCGCAUUUUUAUAAUAAUCCAGCUCUGGCAAAGUUGCCCAGUCUGGUCCAUAAUGUUUUUUUAACAAAUUGUAAACAUCAAUUUUCUUCAAUUCUGAAACUAAUCUAUUUUUCGGAGGAAUACUCUCUAUUCUCUCACCGAGGUUUUGGAAACUUUGGUUUUUUUUUGUGAAACCUUUGAAAACACCAACAUCAUUUCUAUAAUAGGCUUCCACCUUUAUCAAAACAUUUGAAUGGGACUUGUUCCUCCUUAAAACAAAUCUUUUUGCUUUGGCAAAUGAAAAAUGCCACUGUCCAGGAGGCUUAAUGUUGUUGGAUAGAGCCUUCUUCCUAUCGUACACUUUUGGGCUGAGAAUAAUCGUGGUUCCUUGGUUUGAAAAAAUGUUGACGUACUCCUCAGGAUCUAUUAUUACACUUUUUUGUGUGAUUUCUUUUUCGAUCCUACCAAAUACACGGUCGGACGGUAAAAACGAAUGUCCUACUACAGGGAAUACGAUCUCUACCUCUUUUACAUUGUGAUUGGCUAUCAUCAGUAGCCAAAAAGAUAGCAUUCCGAUUAGAACAGAAUUUUUAUUUUGUCCCCCACAACCAUCACAAAAAAUUUUAACCUUACUCACAUGUGGAUCAUGAAUAUUUGAAAAAUUGACAAGGUAGUCAUAUACCGCGGAAGCAAUUUCAUUGGAGCUUUUCCGGUGUUCAACUUCAUCCCAAUGAUAUAUAAAAACAUUUUGUUUCGUUUGCUUGUCCCUUGAGCUUCCUUGAACUAUUGUAAAAUUGUAUUUAUAAAAUUGUCGGCUGUAGUAGGCACUUUGAUCAGAGACACGAGGCAAAGUUUGGUUCUUUUGGCAAUCAAAGCUGAACGUAAGUGUUGACCCUUUGUUUUUUUUUAAAGUUCGUAAAAUUGUUUAGAUUGUUUCUUAUGUAAUAUCAAGUCAGUUUCAAGUAUUUUUCUUUUUCUAUUAUUGGUUUCUCUUUUAAAUUUUUCCUUAAGAGAAAUGCAUGUACUACAUUCAUCUGACCUGGGACUCCCAAAACCUAAGUUGAAAUAAUUAUUAAAAAUGUUGCGGAAGUAUUUCGACUUCACUAAUGAUUCCAAUUUACCAUUUUCCUCACAUUCUCGACAGUACAUUCGCCACAUUUUGUUGAUAUUAAGGUCGGAAGGAAGAUAAAAUCGAUUAGAUUUUUCCCUAGAAUAAUGGUUUUCCAAGCAUUUAAAUUUUUUAAUAAAAUUCAUAACGCUUGUUCUUUUUACUUUCCAUUGCUCUGAGGUUCUGGAUCCCCCUCUGCCCUCCUUAGGCAUUAAUCCGCUUGCUUUAAAGCGUUUUAUAACGCCUUGGACACGGUUUUUGGAUAGUUUUAGAAUUUUUAAAAAAGCUUCCUUGCAAAUUCGCACCUUUUUAUCCCCACAGAUGGCGAAAUACCUGAUGAUAAGAUCUUUUGGGGCUCUUUCUUCGGUCUUCGCUAAUUUAUUUAGUAAUUGAUAAUCUAGUAGAAUGAUAAUUAAUUACCUUAGUAUUAUUACUAUAAAAUUGAUGAAAGAAUUUUGAUAUGUCUAUUGAAGAUAUCGAAUCACAUUUGUAAGUUUUUUUUUUGUGUGUACAUUAACAUUUCAAAAUUGGUACUCCAGGAGGCCUGUAUCUGAAAAGUCAUUGAAAUAAAAAAGAUAAAAAAGCAAGAAAACAAGAAAAAGAAAAACAAAAUUAGAGAAUAAUAAAUCUUACCUUCUGUUUUUCAAUUGUUUUUUUUUCCAUUUCGAUGGAUCUGAUUUUAUUUUCCUGGGUUUGUCGACCACUUCAGGAUAUAUUUCCAUCACGUUUGAAAAAUAUUUUUAAAAAAAUAACAAAGAAAGUGAGAAACUAAAAAUGUUAAUCUCAAAGAGUUCUUUAAAACACAAUGUAAAUAGAACAGUUGAUAACCUAACCUGUUGCUAUGGAUAAAGAUAUUGAAGAGAGCGCUCCCAGUGGCUAGGAGAGUAACUGAGGAUCUGGCUGGAUUUGGAACAGACCUUAUUUUUGUAGUGCAAUUUUCAAUAUGAUUUAACCGCUUUUGGAAGAAAUCCUUCCACUUAAUGAUAAUCUAAUAGAAAAACUAUUUAAAAAAAAAUCUUCGAAUUGGACUUGGCUGGUUUUGGAAUUCUACGCCUCAUAUAUAUUUUCAAUAUUGUCUCACUUUUUAUAUACAAUGUUUGAGUUGUUCAUGUAAAUAUUUGAUUAAUAAAGUUAGUUUUCAUAA